AUUUAUGGAUUUGUUUUGAUUUAGAUACAUGUUCUAAAUCUGCGUAUCCUGUAAACAACUUAUUAUUCAUAUCGUGUCAUAUAUUUUUUCUUUGUUUUAAAAUAUAUAUAAAGGCAGAAAAUUCUAUGCUGCAUUAUAGUCAAGCUUGCUCUAAGAUGAAUACUCCUUCGAUAUUUAUUUUUGAAAGCCUUGAGAAGAAGAGACUGCCAACUAAAUUGUUGGUUGUUUUUUUGAAAAAUUUAUUUAGAUAUGGGUUGAAAGAGGUGAAAGUGGUAAAUGGUAGAUUACAUUUAUAUCUAUCAUAUUCACCAAAAAAUGCAACAGUUGAAGGAAAAAUAAAAAAUUUACCGCUGCAGUAUAUCAGGGUGGUAGCAGAAGAUGAAACAGAAUUCCUACAAGGCAUGAAGGAAUUUUCCAAUGUAAAUUUUUACCCUUCCAUUGAGGAAGAGAAUACAACAACAAGUCAAAUAGAGUCUUCACACCACCACCACCGCCCUGAUGAAGUGCAGGAGCCCAAACAUAAAAAGAUAAAAAUUUUGGAGAACAGAAUGGUUUACCCAACAUCAUCGCAACAGCAACAACAAUAAUUAAUAGAGGUUUACGAUGAAGAUGCUUACAUAAAUGUAUUCGGCAUUCUUGUCUUCUUAAAACAGAAUUAUAGGUUAGGAAGAAGAGGUCUAAACCAGCCACAGCUAAACAGAUCGAACUUAUAAUCUCUUACAUGGAGCAAAAUAAAGAAUUCGCUGCUCGUAAGUUUAUCGGCAUUCACGGGCGUGAAAGUACGAAUACCGAAUGGGAAGCACUUACAAAGAUGGCAAAUAGUGUGCCAGGGGGUUCGAAAAGGAUAAAGAGCAGUGGCAAACAGUUAGUGAAGUUCGCUACAUUUAAGUGUAUGUUCUUUUUGGAUUUUAUGUAUUUGCAGGUAUGGAGAGAUUUGAGGUCGAAAGCCAGCAUCCAUUACUCACAAUUAAAAAAAGAGCUGAGAAAAACUGGAAAAUUGGAGCUAACAGUUAAACCUCUUACAAAACUAGAAGAAAGAAUUUUAAACAUUAUUGGUAUGCAGUACGUCGAAGGUAGUUCCAACUGCGCAGAUAGUUUAGCUGAGGAAGAAGAUCUACAAAUUCGUUUAGAGAACUAUGACGAAUCUGUGCUGGACCUCCCACCUACAGUGGUAACUUUGCAACCAACUAAGACUGACGACCUCCCUCCUGAUAGUUUAGAUUUAGUCACGCUGGCUCCUGUGGUUCUUCCUACUGCAAGUCAGGAUGUAGUGACAGACACUGAAAAAACUAUAAAUACUACAAGUAUUGAGGUUGCUCCUAAAUCUAAAAACCCCACUAAAUCUCCAACUGCUUCAACGAGUUUGUUAAAUUCGAGCGAACACGUUCGAAAAUCAAGAAAAAGGGUAGCUUCAGCCUGUAAUAGUGGUACACCAAGUAAAUCACGUUUGAGCGUCCAGUUAGGUGAAGCAAGAGAUAUAUUUGCUGCCAUUGCAGAUCGAACUGCAGACGCCUUAAGUGUACUAGCAGAAAGUAGCCGACUACAGGCAGAAGCUUCCCUACGCCACGCCAGAAAUGAAGAAAAAAUGAUUGCGAUACUGGAGAGGUUUGCGGGGGUGGCAGAGAGAGCCAUUAGUUACUUGGAGACUAAAGAAUGACUAAUAAAACUAAACUA